ACUUGGCCAUGGGACAAUUCUUUUGCAUGGGAGUCAUUUGGAAAAAUCGACGACGGAAUGCCAGGAAAAUAGCCCAACGGAAUUAUUGUACUGCCUUCGGAUAAGCAAAAGGUGUGUCAGGCUUUACCACACAGGAGGAAUGAAAAUUCUUUGGCACACUCUUCCUUUUGAGGAGUGUUCGAAAAGCCAUAAAUGCCAUGACAUUCCUAGUGUUGAACAUAAACUUGGGUCUAAUUGACACCAGAAUUCGACCUCUUCCAUGAGAGGAUGUUUACCAAACCAAGGGCUCGUUGUGGAAGGACGACGUUGGGCACACACCUUGCAAGAGUUUUAAGCAUGUUUUGUCAGAGAUCUGCAACAAAGUCCGUCAAGCAAGCACGUCGUAUAUAUUCUCAUACACACUCAUUGAACAUCUAUCUUUUGAGGCGGAGGUCAUAAAAAAGUUCAUUUCUUGAGCUCGAACAACCUGCCCCUUCCGCAAGCUCCGAGAGUUCGUGAAUGUGGAUGAACGUAACCUCUCCCCACGUUUUUUUCGGGCUCAAAUGUCACUUCAAAGGGCGUGAGAAUCAGAAAGUUGGUUUCCAUAUGCAUAAAGCACCGUAAAACAAGCAUGCACGUUGGCAGGUGGGCAGGAGAUGAGCCGCGAGAGAAGACGGUGAUCAUGAUGCCCCAAUCUUAUCCAUUUCCCCGUGAACCAACGUCAAGGCCUGUUUGUGUUCGCUUUGCGCUUUUUGGUUCGUCUUCGUCUUCUUCUUCUCUUCUUUGCAUCACGUAUGAGGGUCUCCUUGGCAAAGGUUGAAGCAAUUUGGCGCCUAUUUUCCGUCCGUGGAGUCCGUCUAAGAUCUCGUAACAAGAUCCCAACUACGUCCCUUGAACGACACCGCGCCGCCCGGAGGUGACGGAGAUUUGAACGCAGAAUUCUGUGCGUCAUCUUCUUUUGCGGACUCGAUCACGUGGAAGAAGGGCGGAGGGAACGGCCCAACGGGCGUCAUCCUUCCGUUGGAAGGGCGCGGGUGGGCGCGGUAAAGAGCCGAGCUUAAUCCAGGAAAAGGNGGGGGGAGUGUAGGAUGAGGAGAUGCUCUGACCGCCCGAAAUCGAGCAUAACACCGGUGGAUUUAAGAAGGCUCCUUCGCAACAAGUGACUGAGGAAGGAAAAGAAGACCAUGAACACGAAGACGAGACGAAGAAGACCGCACCCCAAGAAAGGAAGAUGAGGAGGUGAUUGACGAAAGUCAGUCGGCAGGAGCCGUUCGUGGAGUGCAGAUGUGAAUACAAGCCGUUCAAAUGUGACAAGGAUUGUUGCGGUAGAUACAUUCGUACAUCCCCACACCCUGAGCGUGAGGACAGUGCCAUGUCCUGAUCCAAAUCAUGAGUGUACUUCCCGGUCCUCGUUUUAACAUGGCCCCCAACGGGGCUUUGGUUCCCAAUCUCCCUGGAACCUCCAUUCAAAUGGAACCCGUAGAUCUGACAACCAAGAAGCCUAUGGCCAUCGGAUCCAACCCCUUGAAGAGGAAGAUCUCGGUGACCAGUGCUCCAAACGCCAACAAAGUGAACAAUAACAACGACUUUGAUGUGGUUGUGGAUCUCAGUAUGAAAAAAGAGCCUUCAAGUUGCGUACGUGAUCUCAACUCAGUAUCUAGUUCACCAACCACCCUCACCAAAAUCAAAUCCGAAUCCAGAUUGAGCCUGGCUGCCGAGAAUCUCCCCAAUCCACCCAUCCCUGGCACACCCAUAGUGAGCUCAAGUCAAUUGCGAAACGGGUCCGCCUCUCCGAACUGCAGUCGGGAAUCCUCACCGAUAACUGACUUCAGUACCAGUCCGUCCUCGACGGACAUGUUUCCCAAUGCAGCGGCCUUGCUCACGCUUGAAAGGUUCAAACAAGCUUCGCUGGCCAUUCAGAGUGGAAAAGCUCUGCCUCUCCCCAUGCAUAUUGCUCAAGAUCUGGUCAAGUCACUUACCUCCCCGAAUCCCGAGGCAGCUUUGCACAGUCUGGUGAUACGAGCCGGAGCUUCCUCGAGCAUGGGUUCUCUACUGCCCAUCGAUUACUCAGAGAGCUUGAAGCGACGGAAAGUUCACAAGUGUGACUUUGAAGGCUGUGACAAAGUUUACACCAAGAGUUCACACCUCAAGGCCCAUAAACGGACGCACACGGGUGAAAAGCCGUACGAGUGCUCUUGGGAAGGCUGUGGAUGGAAGUUUGCUCGCUCAGAUGAGCUGACUCGGCAUUAUCGGAAACACACCGGCUCGAAGCCGUUCAAGUGUCAUCUCUGUGAGCGACAAUUCUCUCGAAGUGAUCACCUCUCCCUCCACAUGAAAAGACAUUGAUGGAGGACCCAAGAUCUCGGAUAAAACGAUCGUGAAUAUCAAUGUCGACGACAAAAAGUAAAUCAAACCCCGGGCAUCACGCCGGAUUCAAACUCCAUACAUCCACACUCCUAUAUACAUGUAGUGUAUAUGUACCACUCCAGAUUCACUCAGAUUGAGAAGCCAGACUGAUUCGCUCGAGUCCUUACCCACCCCAUGUUGGUGGCUGUCAUGUUUUUUUCUCGAAUUUCCUUGUUGAAGUCUCUAUUCUUGCAUUCUUUGUUCAGAUGAAAGAUAAAUAUAUUUAUAUUUCCGUUACAAACCCCACCUAU